AUGGCAGCAUUGGGUAAACCAACAUUCACUUCACGAAAACCAUUCUUUAAUCUCGAUUUGGCAGAAACGCUUUUGUUUCUAUCCUCUGUUGUCUAUCUACGUGAAGAAGCAGAAGUUCGUAAAGCAGUAAAACAUUUAUCACAAAUUCAAGAUAAUCUAAAAAAUAAAGAGAAUGUUGAAAAAGCCGAUAUUGAACAAGUUUUUCAAGCACUUGAUAACGCCGAUAAUGGAGUUCGUAAAGUAGUUAAUGAUUGGAAUAUUCAAUUUAAAUCUGUAUCAGAAUUGGGCACUUCCAAAGGCGUAUAUGCAGGAUUAUUUUGGAGUGUCAAACACAAUUUUAUCGUAGUCUCAUUUAAAGAUAACCCUGGUUCGGUAUUAGCAAAAAAAGGGUUUCCUCAUUUGAGAAUAAUUGAAGCUAUCAAUGUUAAAGCUAAGGAUAUUCGUAGAAAGAAUAAGAAAGAUCGUGUUAAUAUUUGGAUAACCGGUCACUCUCUUGGUGCCUCUUUGGCAACAUUGUUUUAUGCAAGAUUAUUGAAAUUACCUGGGAUCUUGAGCAGUGAUUGCGUUCUUAGAGAUGUUUAUUCAUUUGCAGGCCUAGCUGUUGGUGACAGUAACUUUUCAUCCGAAUUUUCUUCGCGAUAUAAUGAAAGCGAUACAACGCUUUGGCGUAUAAUUUGUGAACAAGACAUCGCACCACAUUUACCUCCAAAUAAUGGAGCAUUUCGUGCUCUACGUCAAUAUCUUACUUCAAACGACAUUUUGAAUUAUUUUCAUGUCGGAGAUACG